AUGGCUUCCGGUGACCAAAGCAAGAAGAGAAAGCAGCGUUACCUCCCUCAGAACAGACCAGCGAAGAAGAAGGGAGCUUACCCUUUAAAGCCUGGAGUACAAGGUUUUUUCAUCUCCUGUGAUGGCGGACGUGAAUACCAAGCUUCUCAGGAAGCUAUUAACGUCAUUGAUUCCUUUUUUGAGGAGUUAGUGCAUGGGACUGGCUUGAAAAUGAAUUCUUCCGGGGUGCUUGAGAAUCCAGUUAACAAAAAGGUUACGUUUUCUUAUAGCGAGGAUGAGGAUGAAGAGGAAGAUGAUGAGGGUAAUAAUGGCGAGGAGGAAGAGGAAAACAAAGAGGUUAAGGAUAAGGAAGAAGUGAGUGAAGGCGGUGAUAGUAAAGUGGAUGAGAAAGAAUUAGUAAGUGAAGGUUCAUGUGAAGUCAAAAAAACUGAAAAGGAAGAAGAAAAAGAAGAAGAGAAACAAGAGAAUGUUGUUGAAGAACCUCCAAAAAAGAAGACAUGUGUGGAAGAAGCAAAAGUAAACGUAAAUGCAGAGAAGUCUAUUGAUAAGUUGAUUGAUGCUGAACUAAAAGAGCUAGGUGACAAGAGUAAGAGACGGUUUAUGAAGUUAGAUCCUGGUUGCAACGGUAUUGUCUUCAUCCAAAUGAAAAGGAGAGAUGGUGAUCCCAGUCCCAAAGAUAUUGUACAGCAUGCAAUGACUUCUGCUGCUGCAACAAAAAAGCAUAUGUCAAGGUUCAUCCUAAGAAUUUUACCAAUUGAAGUCGCGUGUUACCCUUCAGAGGAAGAAAUUUCAAGAGCCAUCAAGCCUCUUGUAGAACAGUAUUUUCCCGUUGAGACUGAUAACCCCCGGAAAUUUGCUGUUUUGUAUGGAGCACGUGCAAACACAGGCCUUGAUAGGAUGAAAAUUAUAAACACUGUGGCGAAAUCUAUUCCUGCUCCUCACAAAGUUGAUUUGAGUAACCCGGAGAUGUCUAUCGUGGUUGAAAUUGUUAAGACAGUGUGCUUAAUUGGGGUGGUGGAGAAGUACAAGGAGCUCGCAAAGUACAAUCUCAGGCAGCUCACGUCUACCAAGUGAUGCAACUUUAUUUUUCUGCUAUGUUUUGUUGCUCAAAGACUAAGAUGCUAUGUGUUUUUAUUGGUAGUGUCAUAGACUGUUUUCUUACAUUGUCUGAUCAGAUCAGUAAGCAUUUUUCUUAAAUUAAGCAGACUGUCUAGCAUCAAAAAUGUCGGUGUAACUCAGAUUUUACUGUGUUGAAUCAAACAAAACCAUAAAUUUUAAGGAACUGAAUUUGAGUUGUUU